ACACGGCAAGGAUGCGCAUUUUGUCAUCAGCGGAGUAGCCCCAAGUGUCCAGAGGGGUGGAGGACCAGGAGGAAGGGGGAGCACGUGGGCUCUGCAGCAGCGGGACCAUGAGCAACAGCACCUGUGUCUCCAAAGAGCUCACCUGGCCCCCCUUGGUCAAGACUGUCCUCUCCACCUACACGGGGCUGCUGCUGGGUCUGGGGCUGCUGCUCAAUGGCCUGGCGCUCUGGGUGUUCUGCAGCCGUAUGCGGCGGUGGACUGAAACCAGAGUCUACAUGGUCAACCUGGCAGUGGCCGACUUCUGCCUGCUCUGUGCCAUACCCUUCUUCCUACACUCCCUGAAAAAGAGGACCACAGACACGCCCUUCUGCCAGCUCUCCCAGGGCGUCUACCUGGCCAACAGGUACAUGAGCAUCAGCCUGGUCACGGCCAUCGCCGUGGACCGCUAUGUGGCCGUGCGGCACCCGCUGCGUGCCCGGACACUCCGCUCCCCUCGCCAGGCUGCGGCCGUGUGCGCGGCGCUCUGGGCACUGGUGGCCGGCUUGCUGGGGCUGCGCUGGGCCCUUGGCGUGCAGGAGGGCGGCUUCUGCUUCUCGAAUGCGUCCCGGCAAAGCUCCAACACCAUGUUCUUCUCCCUGCUGGGCUUCUUCCUGCCACUGGCCGUGCUGGUCUUCUGCUCCCUGCGCGUGGUCACCGCCCUGGGCCAGAGGCCGACAGCCAGCCCAGACCAGGCAGAGGCGACCCGAAGGGCCAUCCGCAUGGUCUGGGCGAACCUGGCUGUGUUCGUGGUCUGCUUCCUACCCAUUCACAUGGUGCUGAUCGUGGUCAUGGCCACAAGCUUGAACACCUCUGCCAUCUGCUAUGCACUCAUCAUCACAGGCAAGCUCUCGGAUGCCAACUGUUGUCUGGACGCCAUCUGCUACUACUUCAUGGCCAAGGAGUUCCAGGAGGCGUCUUCGCUGGCCUUGAUGCCCAUUGCCAAGGCCCACAGGAAUGAGAACUCCCUCUCUGUGACCCUUGCCUAG